AUGAAAAUAUUCAGGCGUUUCUCCAACCCUCACAAUCUCGACUCUCUCUUAGUACAAUCCACACCCCCAUUUCAUUCCCCCAUUGUUCCUCCCAAAACCCUAGUCUCACACGAGCCCUCUCCUCCUGGCAAUUUCUCCAAUUCAAAUCUGCCCCACACAGAAGCUGCUUUCUCCUCUCUGAGUUCCUUGAUUUCCUUAUUUGGGUCAACCCCAUCUUCUCAAAAUUCCCAAUCUUUGCUGACUAUUUACUCACUCAAGCAUCAAUGUCACGGACGCGUUCAGCCAUUUUCCACUGCGCCUUCCGAUGUGUUCGAAUCUUCCUCACCGCCAGGAGCUUCGGGUUCCGAUGAGGGUAAUCGAUUUGGGAAUGUGGGUAUUGAUGGGAUUCGACCGGAUGAGACUUCAAAUCAAGUUUUGGAAAUUAUUGAUAUGAUCAGAAUGGGUGAGAAUGAUUUGAAGUCCAAGUUGAAUUCCAUGAAUGUAAGUCUAUCUUCUGCCUCCAUUACUCGGGUUUUCGAGGUUUUGAAUUCUGAAAAGGUACCUGCUUUAUGUUUCUUUGAUUGGAUUAGGGAUUCACAACCCAUUGGUAGUUAUGGGAAUGAAAUAUGUAGCUUGGUUAUUGAUAAUUGUGGGCGGGUAGGUGAUUACCCUGCAAUGCUUCAGAUUUUGAAAGACUUUCAAUCGGAGGAAAUUCGUCUCACCCAAAAGGCAUUUGGGUUUAUAUCUUCAAAUAAGGCUUCUGUUGUCAAAGUGGUAGAGGUUUUGAAUAAAGUUGGUGGACUGUGUCGGGCAACUGGAGUGCUUUCUUUGAUUGAGAUGUUUAGUGUCAAGGGUUUAUUUGAAAUGGCUGAGUUUGUGAUGAAGAAAACAGAGAGGAAGAGAUGUUAUUACAUUAUAAUGGUCAGAGAAACUUGUCGGAGAAGAAAUUUUGGCAGAGCUGUUGAUAUGCUUGAUGAGAUGAGGCUAGUGGGGUGUGACCCAGAUGCCAAAACUUACAAUUAUCUGCUCAGUAGCUUAUGCAAGAACUAUAAAUUUGCUGAAGCUACUAAACUGUAUGAAGAAAUGCUAGAAAGGAAUUGUCAACCUGAUGGCAUAACCUAUGAAAUAUUUAUUUGUUACUUAUUUAAAGUUGGAAAUCUUGAUUUUGCAAGACAGUUAUUUGAUAGAAUGAUAUUGGAGGGCAUUAAACCUCGCAUUUCAACACAUGCUGCCUUUGUCAAGGGUUAUUUUAACUUGCGGAGAUAUAAGGAAGCAUAUAAUUACGUUGUUGAUUUAGCUGCUAAAGACAGUGGCUCGAGCAGUUCAGUGUACAGCUUGCUUGCAAGGCUUUAUAUGAAGGAAGGAAAUGCAGUUGUUGCCCAAAAUAUUCUGACCGAAAUGAUUAAUAAGGGUUUUAGACCAGAUUAUUCAGUGUAUGUGAGAGUUUUGAAACGGCUGUCCAAGUCAGUUGAAGUGGUGAAAUCUCCUAUUAUCGAACCUCCAAUUGUUGAAGUGAUACUCAAGAGCAUUUUUGCUAGAUUUAAUACAAAUCAGUUGAACUUUCUGGUGCACUUGAAUUGUAUGCUAUCUAUUUUUGCUCGCAAUUUCAGUUGGAUUAUUGUUGAGUGGAGGGAGGAACUGAGGAAAGGAAGGCAGAGAUUGUUCCAGAACUACCACCAGAGGCACAAUUAUAAAUCCCCACGCGGAAUCUCUGUUGAUCUCCUUGAUCGCCUGCGUAUUGUUGCCACCCAUCCUUAUACAGAGGAUGAAAUCCAUAAGAUUUUGGAAACCAGAUGCCAAGAAGUUGAAAUGUCGGAAGAGGCAAGGCAUUUGUUGACCAAGAUUGGUGUUGAUGCAUCCUUGUGA